AUGGCGACUACACCCGCCCCCGAGUACGCCGACAGUGGCAUGAGCAGCGCCGACAAGGAGCCUGUCUCUGAGAAUAUUCAUGAGCAAUCGCAGGUGACCAGAUCAAUGGAAGACGAUCUUGAGCCAGGCCACUUCGAUGUAGCCAAUAUUGAGCGAAUCUACAGAAAAUUGGAUCGUCGAAUCAUUUCCGCAUUCUGGGUUCUCUACUUCUUUUGUUCAGCCAUCCGCUCCAAUGUUGGUCUAGCGCAGACCAUGAAUGAGGAUUCGGGCCACGAUCUCGGAACUGUCUUGAAAAUCAACCCCCACGAGAUUUCAACCGCACUUGCGCUAUUCUAUGUUGGUUAUGUGAUAUUUGAUGUACCAUCCAACCUGGCCAUGACCCGCUUGAGCCCGCACGUCUGGAUGAGCCGUAUUGUGCUCAGUGUUGGUCUAAUUGGUACCUGUAUGACUGCUAUGAAAGCCGAGUGGAGUUUCUACCUCCUGCGUCUCCUUCUCGGUAUCGUUGAAGCUGGCCUCUGGCCUGGCAUGACCUACUAUCUCACUCUCUUUUAUCCGCCCUCGCGUAUUGGAAAACGCAUCGGCUACUAUUUUACUGCUUCGCAAGUAUCCGCUGCCGUUGUCGGUCUAGUCUCUGCGGGUUUUCAAAAAAUGGACGGUGUCAAGGGCUAUGUUGGCUUCCAGUGGAUGUUUCUCAUCUGGGGUAUUGUUACUAUUGCCCUCGGAUUCGGCCAGCUUUGGUGGUUGCCUGACCGUCCCACUCCGCCUGGAGAACCUCUUCCUAAGCGUCACAAGCUACUAAGCUGGCUGCCAGAUACUGCCCCUGCAUUGACUGGCAAGGAUGCUGUCGUCCACUACCACGACAUGAAACGUGUGUACCACAGCACCAAAUGGACAUGGACAGAUCUCCUGCACGUCUUUAUGGAUUGGAGACUUUGGCCGCUACUCGUCAUGUACUUCGGCGUUGUCGGCGUUGGGAUUGGUGUCCAGCUGUACGCAAACCUAAUCAUCCAAGCGAUCAACCCGAACCUUAGCGGUGUCGUCAUCAGUCUGUUGACGGCCCCUAUUUGGAUUAUGGAUUUGAUCGCCAUUGUUAUCGUUACGCCUUUCUCAGACCGCUUUCAUCGUCACCGUGCCAUUUUUUUUGCUAUCCCAGCUUUGAUUCAAAUCUUGGGCCUGCUUCUCACGAGUUAUGCUGGCAGCGAAGAAAACCCCUGGCCCCGUUAUGGUGGCCUCCUUAUCAUCGGCUUCGGCCUCGGCCCCACUGUUCCUAUCACCAUGACAUGGACUGCCGAGAUCUUCCAGCCGAGACACGGCGAAGUCGGUGUGGCUGCUGCAUCUGCCGUGGUCUCUGGAUGGGGUAACUGUGGUAGCAUUCUAACCACCUAUGCACUCUACUCGGGUUGGACGAGCGACUACGAGGCCCCUGGGCGUCAAAAGUACCGAAAGAGUAACCUAGUGAUGGUAGGAAUCUUGAUCGCCAGUAUCCUUGCUGCCGCCCUGAUGCAGAUCUUGGUUCGGGUCGUUGAUGGCCGCCAACGCGAGGCGGAAGACGCGGACGGCGUACUCGACGGAGCGGCGGCCCGCGAGUUGGAACAACGUGGUCUCAAGGGCUUAGGAUCUGGAGUCGACCGGUGGGUGGGACGCGCGAAGAAUGUUCGCAAAUAA